UUUUAAUUGUUUAUAUAAUAAUUACAUUUGUUUCUCUAUUUAUAUUAAAAAAAUGUUUACUAUCCGGUUCGCUAUCCUAUUGGAAAAAUCGUGGCAUUGAUGGUCCUGAGCCCAUACCUAUAUUUGGCAAUAUUUUGGCCACAUAUUUGAAGCCAUUGACUAAAUUGGACAGUGAUUGGUGCCGAAAGUAUGGAACGGUAUUCGGAAUCUACCGAAACAGCGACCCGGAGCUGAUGGUCAGCGAUCCGGAACUAAUCAAACAAAUACUUGACACCCGAUUCGGCUCAUUUGCCGACCGACGUCCGCCAGCCAUAGACGUUAGAAGUAGUUUCUCAUACAUACUGCCGGCACUAACGGGACGGGAUUGGGAACGUAUGCAUCGCAACUACAAACGGGUAUUUACACUGAAAAAUGAACUGAAAAUUGUCCCGAAAAUCAACGACUGUUGCGAUAAACUGAUUGAAACAUGGAAUAAGCGAAUCACCGAUAAAGACAACGAGAUUGAUAUCGAACAGUCCCUACGUGUCCUGAUUCUGGACACUAUGGCCUGGACUGUGUUCGGUACCCGAGUAUCGCCCGAGUUUACCGAAGGUACCCGUCGGCUAACCCAAUGUCUGCUACCCAUGUAUCUGAUAGUAACACUAUUCCCGAAACUAACCGAAAAAAUAUCCCGAGCUAUCAAACUGUGUGUCCACACACACGACAAAUAUUUUCUGGAUUACCUGAACCGCGAGAUUACACAACGGGAUCGUAACGGUAGUCGAGGUAACGAUUUUCUACAGCUAUUCAUGGAUUUGCGUAAACAUAACAGUUUUGGUGAACCACUGGUACAGUCGGUGGUCGACGACAACGUGAUUCCCGACGAGGACCGACUUACCGAACAGGAAAACGUUUGGCAGUUAUUUACGUUCCCGUUCUGGAACUUCCGGUCGAUGUUUACUGCACUAGGAUUUGGUUUGUAUGAGCUGGCAGUGAAUCCCGAUAUCCAGGACCGGCUACGCAAUGAGAUCAACACUACCAUUGGUGGUGGUGGCGAUGGUUGUGGUGAUGAUGACAAUGCCAGUGAUACCAUCGAUGUCAACAGUUUAGACAAACUGGUAUAUCUUGAGGCGUUCCUACUGGAAGUUCAUCGCAAAUACCCGGUAUUCUAUCGCCUAUCCCGUAGUGUCAGCAAAGAUACGGUACUGGGCAGCACCGGUAGCACCACCACCACCGGUAUUAUGAUGCCAAAAAACCAGAUAGUCAACAUACCUGUCCAUGCAUUGCACCAUAACUCUAGCCAUUACCCGGAACCUGAACUGUUCGACCCGGACAGGUUUAUGCCAGAAAACCUAUCAUCAAAUAUUAACCCCUAUACCUAUCUGGCCUACGGUAUCGGACCGCGACAGUGUAUAGCCAAACGGUUCUCACAAAUGCAACUAAAACUAGUAUUGUGUCGAUUGAUACGGAAGUAUGAGUUUUAUAGACUUAUCGACACAACUGUUCCGCCCGUCUAUCAUAAUAAUCCCGAAGCCGUUACAGUUUCGCCAAUUAAAUUGGGCAUCAAAUAUGUGGCGUAA